AGGGUCUGAGAAGUGAAAAUGGAGAGAAUCAAAUCCACGGCGCUUUUCAACCGAGAGAGAGAGAGAGAGAGAGAGUCGCGGGCAGGGCAGGGCAGGGCAGGGCAGGGGCUUAAUUAGCCGUAGGGGCGGAUUUCCGUUUUCCCUCCUCCUUUCAGAUUUGGCAUUUCCACCACCCACCAGGUACCAGUGUAGGAUCCAAUCUGAUAUGGAGGAUAAGGAUAGUAAGCAGGAGGGUGAAGAUUUGGGCAAUGGUUCUGAGCAGCGAGAAUCUCAACCUAGUCCCUCAAAGCGAAAGGUGGAGGCUCAAACUCAUGAUGAUGAUCAAGUCAUGAGGGAUAGGAGUGAUGAUCAGACAGCAAACGAUGGCGAUGCUGCAGGUCCCAGUGAACUGCCGGCGGAAGUUGCUAAGUGCAACGGUAGUGAUGACACUGUUGUUAGCGACCCACCACCACCAGCAACAGCAGCAGCUCAGGAAAGUAAAGACAACAAGGUUGAUAAUCAUAAUCACGGUGAAGCAGAAGAUGGUGUGACUGCAGAACAACCGCCUGAGAGUGCCCGUCACCAAAACCAGCGUGCAGAUGCUGAUGCUGAUGCUAAUGCUGAGAAAUUCUCCACUCCCAAACGUCUUCUCAAUAAGAACGUGGGGGAGGUCAAGAAUGGCUUCGAUGAUAUCGAGAUGGCGGAGGCUGAGGAAGCAGAGUCACCAGAAGAUGGUACACCAGCGCAGCAAGUGGCUUUUAUGAAGGAGCUUGAGAAUUUCCACAGGGAGAAGGCCUUGGAAUUCAAACCCCCCAAGUUUUAUGGAGAACUGCUGAAUUGCCUCAAGCUAUGGAGAGCUGUUAUUAGAUUGGGCGGCUAUGAAGUGGUGACUGCAUCAAAACUGUGGCGACAAGUAGGAGAGUCGUUUCAUCCCCCCAAAACCUGCACAACAGUCUCGUGGACAUUCCGCAUAUUUUACGAGAAGGCCCUUCUCGAAUAUGAAAAGCAUAAGAGACAAAUUGGUGAACUCCAACUUCCUGUUGGAUUCCUUCCCCAGUCUUCCAGUAUUGAAAAGGAGACAAGUAGUUAUCAAGCUCCAGGAUCUGGUAGGACACGGAGGGACGCUGCAGCACGUGCUAUGCAGGGUUGGCAUGCUCAACGACUUCUUGGAUAUGGUGAGGUGGCAGAGCCUAUUAUUAAGGACAAGAACAUAAAUUCUGCUUCAAAGCGUGAAAAAAACCUUAAAAGCAUUGGUUCCCUGAAACACAAGACGCCUACCAAUCUGGAGAAUGCUGAUAAAACUUUAACUGUGGCGGCAGAUAAGCAAGUUGUCACAAGUGUUGUUGAUAUUGGGCCUCCAGCUGAUUGGGUAAAGAUCAAUGUGCGCGAGACCAAAGAUUGCUUCGAGGUAUAUGCGCUUGUCCCUGGGCUUCUGCGAGAGGAGGUCCGAGUUCAAUCAGACCCAGCGGGACGUUUGGUGAUAACAGGUCAACCAGAACAGCUUGACAAUCCUUGGGGUAUUACGCCGUUUCAAAAGGUUGUGAGCUUACCUGCAAGAAUCGAUCCACUUCACACAUCAGCCGUUGUUAGCCUGCACGGCCGGCUAUUUGUGCGUGUUCCGUUUGAACAGGGAUCAGUUUGAACAUUUUCCUCGUUUCAUAGGUCUGUAGUUGUCUGUAGUUAACUAGUCAGUCAAUUUUUGAGAGGUAGGGAUCAGAAUUUUGUUUGUAAGAAAUCUAGGGUCUGGAUCAAAUUGAGCUAAUGUUUAACCCGUUCCCUAUUCUUAAUUCAUGCCCAUGGCGAUGGGCUAAUGUUCAAAAUUCUAGAUUUAUGCAAAUCGUGGUUGGCCUUUUCCGUAUAUCCUCCUAGAUUGAAGAGACGUAAACUGAUAGAGAACUAAAGUUUGUAGAGAGGAGAGGUGUUGGAUAAAGUUUGGAAUCCCAUGGGCCAUCCAUCACAAGUGCCAAUUAUAAUUGUGAGCUCACCACUAUGCGCUAGCUACA